AUGAGUCGGAAAAGACCGCCCGCUGACAGAACCUCCGAACGGCGCAAGACCAAGAGAGGGCGCGUAAAUCCGGGCAAGACUGAGCCUCCCCACGCAACUGCAGAGGUUCCAGACGACAAGACAGAUGCCCCAGCAGCGAACGAAGACAAAACAGCAGACGACGAUGUUGACCAAGACCCCGAUACCUCCCACGCGUCUGCUCCUGACCCCGAUCUUCACAAGACUAAGAUUCUCGAAACAGCUGCGAGCGAUCUAGAAGAUGAGACAGAUGCCCCGACGGCAAGCCAAGAUAGAAUCCCAGAAGAGCCUACGAAUCAAGAGCCCGACGCCUCAAACUCUUGUGCUUCUGAGCCCGAUACCGACGAGACUGCGGUUUCGCAAGCAAGCACUAGCCGCGUCGAUAAUGGGAUAGAAGCAUCCAUGUCAGAUCAGGACAAGGCAUCAGAAGCCCCUGAUGACCUACUAGAUCUCACAUGGGUAGAUCUUGCUAGAGAUCUUCAUUCCAUCCUCAAGUACUCAAUUUACGGUGAAUUCUUUCUCUUUUGCCAUUUACGAAACGGCCGUUCUGGCUGGGUAGCAGAAGAAAAGGUUCAGAUUGAGGCCCCUUUUACUCUCAACACAUUCUGGGAGUCCCGAGAAGACGUCCCAGGUCGCCCGCACGCUGAGAAGCACUAUAUCCGGAGACAUCAACAGGGUGCUGGGAAAUGUCAGCUUCUAGUGAUUCAGACCCAGUUCCGCAGAUGA